AUGACUCAAUCCGUGUUUAGAGCUUCCCAUAUUUCGACGGAUUUGAACCGAAAAGCCGAAUAUCGCACUUAUGCCGUCUCCAUAAACUGCGGUGGCGCCGAUAGGACCGAAGAGACCAGAUACGAAAUCCGGGCUUUUGGCUACAGACCACUCUCUUUAGCACUCAAAGAAAGACAAAUUUAUUUCUUAAGGGUGUAUUUUUUCCCCAAUAACACUGUCGAUACGCUCAAGGAUAGUCUCUACUUCGAAGGGUCUGACCACGCCUUGAUUGGUCCAGCCGAAACCUUCAAAGGUGAUAUGAUCAACACAAUUGGCGUCAGCAGCUUAGGCAUUGUGUCCAAGCUUGAAGAAAUAGUUGAGGACUGUGUUCAACACCUUCGAGGCAAAGACGAUGUAGAACCCCUCAAGACUAUUGUAGCUACUGUCAAGCAUACGGAUUACCACCCAGCAGCAAACAGGGUCUCAACCACUUCAGGUCAUCGUGACCCCAGUGAAUUCGCAGACAGAAAAGUCAAGGUUGAACAAAAUGUUGAAGGGUCUGGCAGACCCAAGCCAAAAAAAUUCGUCCCAAAAUCAGUUACCGCGCCUUUCAAGUCUCCCGUGAUUCCACCAACUUCUACCCCUAGCCUGGAAUCCGGGCCAGCGGACUACCCAGUGGCUCCUGUGUCGCCCACCGCCAGUGACUCCGGCUGUCCGUUUGGAUCGGCCUCUGUCAGCAAGAAGCGCGCUCGUACAGCUGCCCCUAAGGCAAAAACCCGAGUAGCGCGUAGAACUUCGAGUAACUCAACCCUUGAUUUAACAACUCAAGAAUGA